UCAAAACACUUAAGUUAAAUGUGGUUUAAGAAAAUACUGUUUCCAGCAGGGCAACCGUGACCGUGCCUUUAAGCCCAGCCCUGGGAGGUAGAGGCAGGUGAAUCUGAGUUAAAGGCCAGCCUGGUCCACGGAGCAAAUUCCUGGACAGCCAGGGCUAAGCAGAGAAACCAUCUUGGAAACAACCCCGCGCCACCCCCUCCCCCACCCCCCAACCCCCGAGAAAAAAGUUUUUAGUAACAGAUUAUCUCCGGACUGGAUUGUUUCCCUUACCCCGAUGGCGCUACACCUUACUCUUCACCUGCUAAUAGGUCACUUCUCGAGGCCUUUGUCGCCCCUUGUGGUCAUGGAAAUGUCUGAGAAACUACGAAGAUGCAGAAAGGAGCUGACUGCAGCCAUAGACCGAGCCUUUGAAGGAGUCAGGCAUUCCCAGGAGUGCACAGGCCCGCAGAGGCUGGACGCCCCAUCGCUCGCCUCUCUGCCCGUGCACAGGCUGUUCUGCCGAAACCCACUGGCAGCUUGCCCCUCUGCUGCCCCCUGCGCUGGUGCCACAUGUGCUCCUGAGAAUGAGAACCCUGUCUUUGCACCACACCAUGUCCCAGUUAAUGCAAAGCCCCUUCCUUUAUACCCUAAAAGAAAACCUCUGAUCAGCAAGGAAAAUGUCUUGAUGCACUCUUCCAUUUUGGCACGUGAAAAACAGUUUUGGAGAGCUGCAGGAGAUGGGGAAAACUGGAGAAAUGAAAGUUUAAGGAAGGAUGACUCAAAUAUGCUGCUGAGCAGUUCCAGCCAAGAGGUCACAAAGGACCUGCUGGAUAUGAUUGACCAUACGAGUAUCCGAACUAUUGAAGAACUGGCUGGAAAACUAGAAUUUGAAAACGAAUUGAACCGUGUGUGUGGACGCUGCCAAGGUUCACCCCUUAAGGAGGAGGCCUGGGCCCUGCUUGUGGACGAGAGCCCUCGGAAGUCUUUGGAUGCUGACCCUGGGAGCCUCAAGCAGGCUUUUGAUGACCAGAAUAUUGUUGAGACCGUUCUGGACUUGGAGGAGGAUUACAAUUUGAUGACCUCUUUUAAAUACCAAAUAGAGUAAGGUUAGCAGCAGCAAGUCCUGACUCUUGACAAGGGGUUGGCAGAGCCUGAAUCACCACAUACUGUAACUCCUGCUGAAUCCCACUGUGAGCUGAGUCUGGGCUUUAAUAUUCUGUUAUUUUGAAAUGUUUAGAGUUUUUUUUGACUUGACAUUU